AUGGUUCAGCUAACAAGGAGAGCAAAGGAUCCGAACAGGCUGACAAAGAUUGAGCUGUGUGCUAUAUUAAACAAGAUGGAAAUAAGCAAGGCGACCGUAAGGAGCAGCAAAAAAGAGCUGGUGGGCGAGUUUAAAAGAAACAAGAAGCAGCUGGAAAAGAGACAGAGCGAGGUUAUAUCGAUACUCAAAGAGAUAGAUGCAGCCAAAAAGCAGUCAAAACCAGCGAAGGAGAAAGAAAAGAGAAAAGAUAGCGGAGAGCAGACAAGGAAAAAAGCAAAAGACGCUGUGCAGAGUGAGGUGUCUCAGCCUCAGGAGACCAAAAAGACAAGAAAAGCAGCAGUUGCAGCAUCACAGGAUGUUGAGGCUCAGCAAAAUAAUAAACUGAAAAAAGCUGGAGAAACUGAAAAAAUAAAAGAAAGCACAAACGACCAAGGCAUGACACAGGAGAAGAAAAGCGUACGGGUAUCACACGGAAAAGUACCUAGAAAGACACAGGUAAGAAAUAAUGGCAGUGAAGUGAGCCAGAAGGACUCAGAGCCACAACAAACAAAUAAUGUUUCAGAACAGAUAGAUGAAAAGCAGGAGAAUAAACAACAAAUACACACAAAAGAGAUGGAGGAGGUAUUAAGAAAAUACAACAAGAUAAUUAUACUUGGAUUAACAAUAGGUGUGCUGGCAGUUAUGAUGAUGCACACGCUGAGCUCUACCAAUGUGCAGGGCGGGAAUGUAGGAGUCUAUAGCAAAAUACAAAGCUAUCUAAAACAGCAGGUGGACUCGGUGGCAAAGAAGGGGAUUCCCAGCACAAAAGAGCUUUUGAGAAAAAAAGAAGAAGAGGCGCAUAAGGCUGAAAUGGCAGUUAAGCAG